UUGCCACUGUGCCGCGGGUGUCACAAGAGGUGUUGCGUGGGGACAACGGUGACACUGAUUGCAACAGCCCCAGGAGGCACCUCAGCCUCUGCCCCUGCAGCAGGGAGGGACCAGGGCCAGCCCCAGCACCCCCAGAGCCAUGGGGCACUCCCGGGUUGGCCCAGGGCACUUGUGCCAGCAGCAAUUGAGACCAUUUCUGCCUUGGUGUGCUCUGAACCUACACCUUUCUCAGCCCCGAGAAGAGCCAGGACAGGCAUCAGCCAUGAGGAUCCUCUACCUGCUCUUCCCCUUCUUCCUCCUGCUGGUUCACAGUGCUGCAGGAUCCUCCUUGGCCCCAAAAAACAGGAAACAAUGUCUGCGAGAAAAGGGAUACUGCUCACUUCUGAAUUGCUCUUUCCCCUAUGGCAUCCGGGGAAAAUGUUCCAGGUUUUACUUUUGCUGCAAAAAAAUCUGGGGUUGAAACCCUGAAUUCCCAAGCAGGAAACACCCCUCACUUCUGGCUCCUGGACCCAUCUGCUGAUGUCCCCUUCUGCUGAUGUCCCCUCCCAUCCCUGCCUGUGCCCUGCCCAGCUGGGCUGACAGCAGCAGUGGCAGCUGCUCCUGCUGGCUGCUGCUGGGCUGGAGCCCUGUGGUGCUAGCCCCGGUGUCUUUGGGGCAGGGGCUGCUUUUCCCCGCUUGAAUAAAGACGAGCACUUUGGCAUUGCAGGGCUGGGCCGUGUGUGCGUGUCCUGCUGCUGGAGGGCUGCUGUGCCUGCUGCCUCUGGGG